AUGUUUUAUUUUCCUGCGAGUCUUUCAGACUUCCAGGCGCCGCUCUCACAAAAACCGUCCAGAACGUUCCCCUUUCUGGUACUUUUGGGUCUAUUAAUGAAUCCUUUGAGCGUGCGAUCCGUCAACUUCACGGUGGGGGUCGUGGGUCCCUGGGCGUGCGACCCCAUCUUCUCUAAAGCUUUGCCGGAAUUGGCGGCGAGAUUGGCCGUCGCCAAAAUAAACAACGAUUCGUCGCUAGGGCUCGCGUAUCGCCUCGACUACAGGAUCCUGCAGGAAAACUGCGAGACGUCCAAGGCGCUGGUGGAGUUCGCCGGUUACGAUAAGACGGCGUCGGCCUUUAUCGGCCCCCUGAAUCCCGGGUACUGCGACUCCGCCGCGCUUUUAGGGAGGAACUGGAACAAAGCCGUUUUCUCGUGGGCCUGCGUCAAUCACGACCUAGACGACAGGCACAGUUUCCCGACAUUCGCCAGGACGUUGCCGACGCCGACCAAAGUGCUGUUCGACUUCAUGAAGUAUUUCCGGUGGGCGCACGUCGGGGUCGUCUCGUCCAACGAGGAUGUUUGGGUGGACACGGGACGCAAGGUGGCCAGCGCCCUCCGGAACCAAGGUCUUCCGGUUGGGAUCGUGACCAACAUGGGGAACGGGGAAGAAGGUGUCCAAGCAACGCUAAGAAACAUUAAAGAUACUCACAACCUCCGAGUGAUCGUGAUGUGCAUGCAUUCGGUGCUGGUCGGAGGGGAGGAACAGGCCACCUUUCUCACCAAGGCGCAUGAAAUGGGACUAACGGACGGAAGAUACGUGUUUGUGCCGUACGACACUUUGCUCUACAGCCUUCCAUACAAAAACAAUUCCUUCCGCGUUCUCGAUAGAAACAGCAAGCUCCAGGAGGCUUACGACGCCGUGCUGACGAUCACCGUGGACUACGCCGACAAGUCAUUCCACGAGGCGUUCGCAGAAGAGAAAGAAAAGGGAGAACUAAAAACGGAUCUGGAACCGCACCAAGUUUCCCCUCUCUUUGGGACAAUUUACGAUUCAAUUUACUUGAUGGCCAAAGCUAUGAGCAGCGCCUGGAAGCAAGGAGCUUGGAUAUCGGGAUCCAACCUGGCCGAAUACACCAAAAACCUGGAUAUUCCUGGAUUUACCCAAAUGCUCUACACAGACGGGAAGGGAAACGGCCUGAACAGCUUCGUCGUAUUGGAUACGGACGGAAAACUCAACCAGCUCUUCCCGACCUACUCGGUGGACAUGGCCUCCAACUUAGUACGCUUCUUGGGCAAGACCAUAAGGUUCCCCGGCGGAACACCUCCCCCCGCGGACUCAAGCUGCUGGUUCGACCCGGACACACUAUGUAUAGGAGGAAUCGAGCCGUCCAUCGUGAUCCUGGUGUUUGGAUUGGUGUUCGCGUUGGCUCUGUGCGGAGUGGCCGUCUCUUACCUCAUCAGGCACAGCCUCCUCCAGAUCCAGCUGGUGAAAGGACCCAACCGGAUAUUACUGUCUUUGGACGACCUGACAUUCAUCAACCCCAAGCUUAGUAUUAAGAAAAUAAACAUUGAUAAUCUGAGCGACACCAAGAGCGUCUCUGACUGCAAGAGCCUGAAAUCUGUGAAUCGCUCUCUGUCUGUGAAGAGCGUCGGCGCCACGCAUGAGAACUCCAACGUGGCUGUUUACGAGGGAGACUGGGUUUGGUUGAAGAAGUUUGAGCCGGGGGUCUACCACGAGCUGCGGCAAAGCACCACCAGCACCCUGCGUAAGAUGAAAGAUUUGCGGAACGAAAACGUCAAUCCCUUCCUGGGCUUCUUCUCCGACUGCGGGAUCUUCGCCAUCGUGACGGAGCAUUGUUCUAGAGGCAGUCUGGAGGACCUGCUCCGGAACGAGGACGUGAAGCUGGACUGGAUGUUUAAAUCGUCUCUGCUUCUGGAUUUGAUAAAGGGGAUGAGGUAUUUGCACCAUCGAGAUUUUUCCCACGGACGCUUGAAAUCCCGUAACUGCGUGGUGGACGGGCGCUUCGUGCUGAAGAUCACGGACUACGGGUUCAACGAGAUCACCGAAAGCCAGAAAUCUCCUCGGAAUCCGAGCAAACCCGGAGAGCUGUUCUGGACCGCGCCGGAAUUACUCCGGGACCCGGCGCUCGCCAGGAGAGGAACAUUUAAAGGAGACGUCUACAGCUUUGCAAUUAUUUUACAAGAAGUUGUAGUAAGGGGUCCGCCGUACUGCAUGUCGGGGCUUUCCGCCGAGGAAAUUAUCAGAAAAGUCAAGAAACCCCCUCCAUUGUGCCGCCCGACUGUGGCCCCUGAUCAGGCCCCUCUGGAGUGCAUUCAGUUGAUGAAACAAUGUUGGAGUGAACUGGCGGAGAGAAGGCCUACCUUUGAUGAGAUUUUUGAUCAGUUUAAAACCAUCAACAAAGGAAAGAAAACCAACAUCAUCGACUCGAUGCUGAGAAUGCUGGAGCAAUAUUCAAGCAAUUUAGAAGAUUUAAUCAGAGAGAGGACGGAGGAACUGGAGGUCGAAAAGCAAAAAACCGAGAAGCUCCUCUCUCAGAUGUUACCACCAUCCGUGGCCGAAGCGUUGAAGACGGGCGGCACGGUGGAGCCGGAAUAUUUCGAUCAGGUCACAAUCUACUUUAGCGACAUCGUUGGGUUCACCACAAUCUCGGCUCUCAGCGAACCCAUUGAAGUGGUCGACCUCUUGAACGAUCUCUACACUCUGUUUGAUGCCGUUCUCUGUAAUCAUGAUGUUUACAAGGUAGAGACAAUUGGAGACGCCUACAUGGUGGCAUCCGGACUCCCGAAGCGCAACGAGAACAAACACGCAGCGGAAAUAGCCAAUAUGUCCUUAGACAUCCUUAGCUCUGUAGGAUCCUUCCAGAUGAGGCACAUGCCGGACGUACCGGUCAGGAUACGGAUCGGGUUACACACAGGGCCGUGUGUGGCUGGAGUUGUGGGCCUCACGAUGCCGCGAUAUUGUCUGUUCGGGGACACGGUAAAUACGGCGUCACGAAUGGAAUCCACAGGACUGCCUUACAGAAUCCACGUCAACCAAAGCACCGUGGCAACGCUUCGCACGCUAAAAGAAAAUUACAAAAUAGAACUUAGAGGGAAAACAGAGCUUAAAGGGAAAGGCGUAGAAGAAACUUUUUGGCUUGUAGGAAAGGACGGAUUCACCAAACCUUUGCCGAAGCCCCCUGAUAUCAAGCCUGGGUGCAAUGCGCAUGGUUUAACCGCCGAGGAUAUUGCAGAGUUCAAAAGGAGGAAAGCAGUGAGAGCUGAAAAGAUGCUCGAUAAAAAGGAGUAGAGGGAGGAUUGGCAGGAAGUUAUAAACAAUGAAAUACAAUUAAUAUUUUGGAAAAAAAGAAAAA